AUGGCGGAGAGUAUAAUAAAUCUCACCCUAGAGAUCCUCUUCCGGCUUACUGGAGAGGACUACACAGUAGUGAAGAAGACCUCUAGUGAGCGCUGUCAGGCCCCCGUGUUUGAAGGAUGGGGAAGAACCCUGAGCCUAAUCACAGGGCCUCCACCUCUCCCCCUGAUACAUGAGGAAAUCAAUAGAGAGAAGAUUCUAGAACUCACCAACAAGAUGAUUGAGCUGCUGACUGGAGAGGUUCCUAUAAGGUGUCAGGAUGUCACCAUCUAUUUCUCCAUGGAGGAGUGGGAGUAUUUAGAAGGACACAAAGAUCUGUACAAGGACAUCAUGAUGGAGGAUCGCCGGCCUCUUACAUCACCAGUUAAGGAAGAGAGAAGAACACCGGAAAGAUGUCCCAGUCCUCUUCUUUCACAGGAUGGUUUAGGUGAACAUCACAAUGUCCCACAGGAUGAUCAGCUUGUGAAUCCGGGUAAAGAUCUGAACAUUAUAUAUGUUACAGAGCCAUAUGAGAUGGAUGAUGAGCAGAGUAUAGAGGACAUUCCUACAGAUAUCCGCCCAGUUGACUGUACGAAGAGCUCAGAGGAACAUCUGAUAUCUUUAGAUUUUCAAGCAGAUGACCAUGGUGUCACAGAAGAUACUGAUGAAGAUCUUAUCAUUGUCCCAGAUGAACCCUCAACCUUUCACGAAGAUCUAUCAACUUAUCCUUUGGAUCGACUCCAAUCUUCUGAUGCAUUACCGACUGUUAAGCGAAAUAAAAGAUACAGAAGGAGUGUUCAACGUCAAAGAAAUCACUCAGGGAAAAAGUCAUUUUCCUGUUCAGAAUGUGGAAUACGUUUUAAUUAUGAAUCAAAUACAUCACAUCUUGUUACACAUUGGAGAACUCACACAAGGAAGAAGCCAUUUCUAUGUUUAGAAUGUGGAAAAUGUUUUGCAGAUAAAUCACAUCUUGUUAUACAUCAGCGAAUUCACACAGGAGAGAAGCCAUUUUCAUGUUCAGAUUGUGGAAAACGUUUUAACUAUAAAUCAGAUCUUAUUAUCCAUCAGAGAACUCACACAGGGGAGAAGCCAUUUUCAUGUUCAGAUUGUGGAAAAAGUUAUAACUAUAAAUCAGCUCUUGUUAUACAUGAGAGAAUUCACACAGGGGAGAAGCCAUUUUCAUGUUCAAAAUGUGAAAAGCGUUUUAACUAUAAAUCAGGUCUUGUUAUACAUGAGAGAAUUCACACUGGCGAGAAGCCGUUUUCAUGUUCAAAAUGUGGGAAAUGUUUUAGAGAUAAAUCACAUCUUGUUACACAUCAGAGAAUUCACACAGAGGAUAAGCCAUUUUCAUGUUCAGAAUGUGGGAAAUGUUUUAACCAUGAAUUGCAUCUUGUUAAACAUCAGAGAUGUCAUAUAGAGAAUAAGCGAUUUUCAUGUUCAGAAUGUGGCAAAUGUUUUAACCGUAAAUCACAUCUUAUUAGACAUGAGAUAAUUCAUACAGGAGAGAGGCCGUUUUCAUGCUCAGAAUGUGGAAAAUGUUUUAACCGUAAAUCAUAUCUUGUCAUACAUGAGAGAAUUCACACAGGGGAGAAGCCAUAUUCAUGCUCAGUAUGUGGAAAAUCUUUUAACCAGAAAGCAAGUCUUGUUACACAUCAAAGAAUUCACACGGGGAAGAAGUAAUUUUCAUGUUCAGAAUGUUGGAAUUGUUUUACUCACAAAUCUACUCCUGUUGAUCAUCAAAUAAUUCACAGACAGGAGAAGCCAUUCUGAUGUGUGGUAUGUGGAAAUUGUUUUAGCAAAUAGUCAGCUCUAUUUGCAGAUCAAAGAACUUGUAGAGAAAAAUAUUUUCAUGUCCACAAUAUGGGAAAUGUUUUAUCUACAAAUCAAAUCUCCAUAAAGGGAAUUUUUUUUCCUGCCAAUUAAAAUCUGAU